UUAUUUAACCUAACUUUGCAGUUCAUUGUUGUGCGUGCUUGCUUUUUAAUUUUUUAAGAUGUCUAAUGUACCUCCCACUGUAGAUUUAGGUUUUGCAGUAGAAUGCGAUGCAUGGAAGCUCGAAAGUCGCUUAUUUCCUAGUAAAAUUGGUGGAAAGCCUGCAUGGUUGGAUCUGGCUAAUCUUCCGAACUCUACAGAUCUGCAAUGUAACCUGUGUCAUAGGCAAAUGAUAUUUCUCUGUCAAAUCUACGCCCCAUUUGAAGAGGACGAAAAUAAUUUCCAUAGAACACUGUUUGUCUUCAUAUGCAGAAACUCUGAGUGCAGCGUACGAGAUACGAAUAAUAACUUGAAAGUGUAUCGCAGCAAUUUACCGCGUGUUAACACAUUUUAUUCAGAAGAGCCUCCUUUGGAAGAACCCGAUUUCACUUUCUCAUUAAGUAAGUGGAUUAGAUUAUGUCAGCUCUGUGGCUGUGUGGCAGAUAAAUCAUGUAGCAAAUGUAAAGUUGCAUAUUGCUGUCGAGAACACCAAGUUAUCCACUGGAAGCAGGGGCAUAAAAAUCAAUGUGGCAGUGAGGUUAGCAACACUCCUCAAUCGACAGUGCUGUUUAAGGAAUAUGAACUUGUAAUUGAGACAGAAGCAGACAAUCCUAAAGAGAAAGAGGCAACGGAAGCAUGGAAGGAAUAUCAGCAGUUAGAAUCGGAAGGAAACUUGGGCAGUAUGGCGCACAUUUCUGAAACGGAACUUCAAGCACACUCGUAUGCGAUGGAAGAUCGUACAUUUUUGCAAUUUCGAAAACGUACAGAAAUGGAUCCGGAUCAAGUUAUACGUUACGAAAGGGGUGGUAAACCAUUGUGGAUUGCUGAUAAGCCUGUGUCUCUCUCAGUUCCCAACUGCGAAUUAUGCAAUGGACCAAGGCAGUUUGAAGUACAAAUAAUGCCACAGAUGUUAAGCGUGUUAGGUGAAAAUGAUUUAGAUUGGGGAACUUUAGUGAUUUAUACGUGCAUAAGUAGUUGUACUGACAGACCAGGUUAUAAAAGGGAAUUUGUGCUUAGACAAGAUGUUUCAAAUGAAUAGUUAGUUGCCUAAUAUAUGAUGUUUAUGUUCCCUUGUAAUUAAACUUUUUUGAAAUA